AUGGGCUUUUUUACCUCGCUCUCGGCCGCCGCUGGCAAGGCGACGAAAAGUAUUGCCAAAGCUGUCAACACCGCAAUGGAGACCAUCACGAACACGGCCAAAAAAGUGAAGACCCAGCUUGAAAACACUGCAGCCAAGGUCAAAAACAACUUCAAGGGUUUCUGCGCUAAGGCAUUUCGCAUUAUCAAGAAGACCUUCCUCGACCUUCGCUGCGCGCUGCGCAUUAAAGUCCGGCAUGCCAUCGAGUGGGUCAAAGCGCACCCAUACAAGACAGCUGCCAUCGUCGUCGGAGUCAUCCUAGCGAUUGUCUUGCCUCCGGUCUUCUUGCAUUGUCUUGGUUUCACCGCUGCUGGUGUCGCCGCUGGCUCCAUCGCUGCGACUAUCCAAGCAUCCAUCGGCUCCGUCGCUGCCGGUAGUACUUUCGCUAUUCUCACAAGUGCUAUGAUGGGCGGAUACGGCGUUGCGAUUGUGGUUGGCUGGAUCAUUUCUAGCUAUCUCGCUAUAGGGCUUGGAAUAUUGAUGUGGAAGCGGUUCUCUGGCAGCCAGGAAGAUUAG